AUGGCCUCUCCUUCAAUGCAAAAUGCUAGUUCAUCUUCUCAACAACAACAUCAAGAUCAACAACAACAACAACUUCUUGUUGCCCAGAAGACAUGUUAUAUUCCUUUGAAUGAAUUAGAGGUUAUCUGCGAGAUGAUGGUUGAUUUUGAUAACCUGGAAGCACAUGAAAUUCAUUUGAAGGAUGCUAUGACAUUUCAAGGAUGGCAAGCGUUCUUCUACGGUUUGUGUGGACCAGACUAUCCAGAUCUGGUGAAGGAAUUUUGGGUUCAUGCAACAGUCAUGCCAAAGGCCAUUCUUUCUGUUGUUCAUGGUGAGCGUAUUUCCAUCACAGAAAAUCUUCUAAGGAAGUUGUUUGGGUUGGAAACUGUUGAAGGUGUGUCUGAAGCUGUUCCAGGAAGAACAUAG